ACAGUGUAUUUCAAGGCCCUCGACUGUGGUUCCAUUCUAAGACUCCGCCGUCUAGGUUAAAGAAGAAAUUCUUCUGCAUCUCCUCUACAAGACUACAACUCUGCCGUCUGCAUCUAGACUCAUCUGCUUCAUCUAGGAUGGUGAAUGAGCUCAGCCAAAGACAGAAGAUAGAAGAGUAAGAAAAACAAGAAUGAUAGACCAUCAAAAGACUUUUGUCUUGGCCUAUCCUUGGCUCUUCCGCCAGCGCUCUAUGGGUGUUCUCGUGUCCGAAUUUGAGAAGUUGAAAUUGAACAUUACAGAGAUGAGAUGCAUGGUAGUGACUCCAGAUUUCGCUCGUAAGCACCUUGUUAAUAUUAAAUGGGAUCCCGAGGCUUUCUCCGAAAGUAUACCUUUACCAUUUGCUAGUUGGAUUGACUGCAUAGCUCAUGGUCCUGUUACUGCUAUGAUUGUGGAGGGGGAUGACGCUGUUCAAAAAGUUCGUGAGUUAUCCAAGAAGCAACAACUACCCUUCCAAGUUGUCGAGAGAAAGAAGGUCUACUCCAGCGACUCACGUGGGCUGAUGAAACAAGAAGUUAUUGAACUAUGGAGAGAGACUGUUUACACCAGCCAUUCAGGGGAUCAGGCGAAAAUUGAUAUUGAUUUGUGGUUCGGUUCCACUGACUUUGACGAAACCAUUGACUUUGAGAAAAGAGCUCGGGAAAGUACAAAGGUGGUAUUUGUGCUUCCAGGGGGGAAGACAUACGGCCCAUUGGACCAAGUUAAAGACGUUUGGAAGCGUGAUGCCUCCUACAAGAUAAAACAGUAAGUUACUGUUCAGGAUACCGAGCAUGUUUUAGAUUAUUUUUUUCUGAAGGGAUACACGUUCAUGCAUAACAUUUGAGUAGUUUCUGGAUUUUGGCGCAGAACAAUAUUAACUUGAGUUUCUUGCUAGGUAAUAAGCGAUGUCAUAGUUUGCUCAGCUUUCAUAAUUAUAUUCACUUUACUUGCUUGCUAGGUAAUAAGCGAUGUCUUAGUUUGCUUGGCUUCUAUAAUCGGUAGAAUGUUAAUUACUACAUCAAUAUGUUACCGAUAUAUUACUGAUACUGAUGGCGUGGCAAAUAUCUGAGGGUGUGAGCCUAUCCUUUUGAUAUAAAUAAAAAGUGAUUCAACUGUUUUGCCUUUUA